AGGGCCUCCGCAGUGCGCAGUGUGCCAGCCUGUUUCACGGUGCCUACUUGGUAGGUAACUAGCAUUCAUUUGCUGCUUUACUGGACAGCCUGCCUGUGCCCGGUCCGGGCUGAGACAUGCUACCCCAACUCGCUUCCAACCUGCUGAUGGAGGGCUGCCGUCGAGCAGCUGCCACGGUUGGUCACUCUCCCAGCCCGGCCGCGUGACAAGGAACUUCCCCACGUUUUUCCUCAUUUCCUCGUCUGCAGCCGGGUUUGCCGCCCAGGAGGCGAUUACGGGUGCGGCUGCUUGUCAAGGUCCGAUGAUGGAAAAUCAGCGGGCACUGUCUCUCACGCCAACGCCGAUGAGAUGGGCGGCUAGAGAAUAAACCUCUCAUGUCGCACGCUCUGCUGUGUGCUAGCUUCAGAACAGAUAUUCCUGUGCCUGCAGCCUUGUUGAUCGGCCCGGUGGCGAAGCACUCAGGCAACCUCUCCAAGUCUGUGCCCGGUAUAAGAGAACGAUCACACGCAUCGUUCUGGCCUCUACUCCCCAGCUGUCCCACGGCGCAUCGGGUGCAAACACGCCAUGGAUGGUUUAGUGGAGCGUCUCAUCUAAUCUCCUGGGCCAUCAGCGCGUAGUAAAGCAUGGCCACCAUCAACAAGCACCCUGUCCGGUUCGAGCUUACGGCGGUCUACCGCCACCCCGAAGCCAAGGCCGACAUCGUCCUCGUCCACGGCCUCAACGGCGCCCCCGACAAGACAUGGACAGCGUCAAACGGGGUGUACUGGCCGACCGAUCUCCUGCCCGCUUCACUCAAGGACCAGCAUGCCGACGUGCUGGUGUACGGGUACAACGCCGACGUGUAUGGGGCCUUCUGGGAGCGACCGGCAAAGCAUCCAAGCGACAACUUCAUUCAUCAUCAUGCCCAGACUCUCGUUACCACGCUCACACACUACCGCAAGAGCGAGGGCACUGAGCGCCGCCCCAUCAUCUGGGUUGCGCACAGUCUCGGCGGCAUCGUGACCAAGCGAGCGCUGCUGUACUCGGACGACGUCCGGGACCCGCGCCAAGAAGACCUCCGCUCCAUCGUCGUGUCGACGUACGGCAUCAUCUUCCUGGGCACGCCGCACGGUGGCGCGAACGCGGCCGCGUGGAGCGGCAUGAUCCAGCGGAUGGCGGAUGUGGUCGUGCCGAGGAAGAUCUUCGAGUCCGAGUCGGUGCUGCUCAAGUCGCUCAGGAAGGACAGCGAGACGCUGGAGCAGAUCAACAGCCACUUCCUGGAUAUCUACCAGAAAUUCAGGAUCCACAUGGCGCACGAGAACCACAAGACGGAUGUCAAGGGAACCAAGAUCCUGGUCGUGGACGCGGCGUCGGCAAGCCCUCAACUGCCCGGUGUCACGUACUACGGCAUCGAGGCCACGCACUCCGAUAUGUGCAAGUUCGACAGCGACCAGGCGCCGGGCUACCGGACCGUCUCGACAGCGAUCCGCGAAUGGAUCGCCGAUGCGCCGAACGUCAUCCCGGUCCGCUGGCAGGUGGAGGAUGCUCAAAGACGGGUGCGGGCGAACCUGGAAAACUUCGAGCGCGCCCGGCUCUACGUAAGUCCCUUACGACCUGCCUCGGCUCCGCUCCUCCCCACUAACACCACCGCGCAAGCAGACUCGGCAUCGACAUUAACAUCAACAUCGACUGCGACUCCGACUCCAACACCCCAACCACCUCCCGCCCUUCCUCCACUCGAGACCACCACCACCACGCCGGGCGACACCCAACCACCACCCCCGGAGCCGCUCUUCAUCCACCCGGAGACCUUCCGGCCCAACUCGUACUUCGUCGGGCGCGAGGACGAGCUGCGCGGGCUGCACGAGAUGCUGAUGGACCGGCGGCGGCGCGCCGACGGCACGUCGGCGGUGCUGGUGCGCUGCCUGCCGGGCGGCGGCAAGACGCACCUCGCGCGCGAGUACGUCUUCCGGCACCGCGCCGACUACCCGGGCGGCGUGUACUGGCUGCGCGCCAAGUCGCGUCCCGAGCUCGAGUACUGGUUCUGGCGCAUCGCGCGGACCGAGGUGCUCUUGCGGAGCAGCGCAUCCGGCGAUGCGGGGGUCGUCCGGGAGGGUGGAGAGGAGGAAAAGGAGCUGAGGGAUCCGAGGAAGAUCGUGCACAUGGUCAGGGCCUGGCUGAGUGCCCGGUCCGAGUGGCUGCUGGUGCUGGACGGCGUCCAGUUCGAUAUUCCCGGCCUGAGGGAGUUCAUCCCGGACGCGAAGAACUCGAGCUUGAUUUACACGUCGACGGAGAGGGCCGUCACGGGCGAUCCGCGGUUUGACAACCCGCAGGUGAUGGAGCUCGGCCUGCUGACGGCGCAGCAGGCGCAGGAUCUGCUGCUGCUGGAGCUGGAGAAGAAGCAGCCGUGGAGUGCUGACGACCGGGCCAUGGCGGCGGAGCUUGUGCAGCUGAUGGGGAGGCUGCCGUUGAUGAUCCACGUUGCUGCGCAGCAUAUGAAGGCGACGCGGGAGCCCCUGGCUCGGUACCUCAAGUCGUAUCGGAGCCGGCCGAAGGCGGGUGAUCUGCCGGCGUACAAGGCGGUGCGGGAGCAGCUCGCGAAUAGGGGCGAGUAUCCGGCGCUCAACCUGAUGUCGCUGCUGGCCUUCUUUGACCAGCAUCUUCCUGUCGAGAUGCUCACACUUGGCCUCUCGGCCCUCGACAAGAUCACCCCAGUCAAGACCUGCGACGCCAUGCACCGAAAAGCCAGCCUCAACAACACCCUCAAAGUCCUCAUCGCUUUCGCCCUGGUCGAGCGCACCGAGGGCGACGACAUCUCGCCCACCAGUUCGCGCAGCUCCAAGCGCAGCUUCGACCGGCAGGUCGAGAACCUCGAUCUCUUGCACGUCCACAGCGUCGUGCAGGCCUUCUUCAUCGACUCUAUUCACGAGGAGCAUCAGAUCCACUUCUGGCUGGAGAGAGCCGUUGCUGUCUGGUCUCGCUCCUACGACGAGGCAGAUCGGCGCAUCCAGGAGGACCCGCGGGUCGGGCUGCCGGACGACUACCGCCGAUUGUGCAUUCACGGCCAGAAGCUGCUGCAGAACAUAAAUCGGUUUGAGAAACGGUACCCGAGUCUCGCCCGGGCCAGGUCGCAGCUGGAAGAGAGGCUGGGCAAGAUCCAGGGUCAGAUUGACGACCUAUCGCAUACGAUCCAGAAGAACAUCGUGGAUCGUAGCGUGGAGGAGCAUCCGGCCUCGGUGUUUGACCGGGUCAGCGCCUCCUCGCAGUCCGAUGCGCCAACUCUUGAGUCCCACAGCAGCCAACUGAGCGGGAUGGGGCCAUUCGAAGGGGAGGAUAGCAGCGAAUUAGUUCAGUCCCCGGUCGCCGUGGCCGAGUUGCUACAGCAGGAGGGUCAGGCGGAACUUCCGUACCCCAGCACCACUGUGAUGCCGACGGGGCCAGAGACCAGCGAGAACGAUGAUCAGGAAACGGUAGUCCCGUCCAUUCUCGGGACCCAGAUUCACACGCGCGCAACAGAGUUCGCCGAUGCCGUCCGGCUGCCAUCAGAUCUCCCAGGCAACGACCGCGUCCAGGCAACCCCUUACAAUGACUGGCAAGAAGCCAUCCCUCACCACAGGGUUAUCGCGCGGCAGGAGUCACGGCGGUAUCACCACCGCGUGGGGUCGUGGAGAGACAAGACUAUCAGCGAUCCGCAGGUCGGACUCAACGACGAGGCCGUGAUGGGCUUUAUCUCGACCAGGAGGGACUCUUCCAGAUCGCCUCUAAGAGCUCGCCUGACUGCGCAGAGCGAGGCUGCGAUGGAGCGGAACAAGAUUAAGCUCGCCACGCCGCCGUCUCGCCACUCGAGGGGCAGCUCUGGCUCGCAGACAUCGAGCCGGCCCAAGAUGCCGCUGGGGAAGAACAGCUGGGCGCUUCCGCAGACGCAAAAAGCACCCGACACCGAGGUGGCCGAGGUCCCGCCCGAAGCAUUCUCCAGCGGCCUCGCGCAGAUCUGGUCAUCGCCCAAGAGCUGGACAGAGGCAAUUAUCAAGAAGCUGAGGAAGACGGUGCUGCCUCCCGGCAAACCGACCGCGUCGCCGACACUUCAACCGCAGCUGCCUCCCGACGGGGAGCUCGUCGUUCCUCCCGCGCCAAUCUUCCGCGGCACCCGCUCUGCCAACUCCAGCCCGGCCAACAACACCUCCCCAUUCCCGCCGCCGUCCUUCUCUGCCAUCCCGACCGAGGAGUUAAUGCCGACGCCGGGCCUCCCCCUCGUCGUCCGGCGGUGGAACACGGUCGUCUAUCGCCCCGACGGCACGCCCAUCACCUCGUCGGGCGUCGAAUGGGCCAGCACCCCGGACCCUCUCUCCCUCUCCUACCCAGCCCUCCCUCCAAGCAGCCACCACCACCCCCUCCCCCCGCACGCCGCCGGCGCCGCCGACAUCCGCCCGGCCCCGCUCCUGCUCCACGACGGGCCCGCCGCAGACUACUCGUCCCAGCCCAUGUCACGCGACGGCUCGCACCGCUCAGCACCCAGCAUCAGCAUCCACAGCCCGCUGGCGCCGCGCUCGCCCCCGUUCCCGCGUACGAGACCGCCGGCCUCGUACACCGAGACGGAGCCGUCCCCGCGGCUGGACCCGCCGUUCUUUGCCGAUGUCGAGACCAGUUACAGUUACCGGCGGUCGGGGCAGCAUCGUCUCGUCGGGGCGGGGGCGACCGCGUCGUCGUUCCCGCCCGCCGCCGGCGCGGGCGCCAGCAGCAGCGCGAGCGCCAGCAGCGGCGCCAGCCCCUUCGCCCGCUGGCGGCCGCGCAGCCGCGGGGCGCGCGUGCUCCGCGGUCUGAGCGGAGGGCGCGGGCGGCGCGCGCAGUCUGCCUCUCCCUCCGGUGGCGGCGGUGGCGGCGGCGAUGGUGGUAGGGGUAAUGGUUCGCCACGCUUGGGUUCCGUCUCUGCGGUGUCGGGCGGGUCAGCGUCCGGGUCCGGGCCGGGUUCGAUAUCUGGGGACGGGUCCGCGCCGUCGUUGCCUUCCUCGUGGGGCCGCGGGACUGCCGCUGGGGUUGGGACGGGGACGGCCACGGGGAUGGGGUAUAACGUGAACCAACAGUCCCAGCGCAGCCAGCAGCAACACCGCCAUCACCCCUACCAGCAGCAGCAGCAGCAACAUCCGCUGGCGGAGUGGACCGCCCCUCUAGGCGACGAGCGCUCUGUGCGAAGUGGGAUCAGGAUAGGGGAUGGGACGGUGGUGGAGUUCGGGUCACCCAGGUUGGGUUCCAGCGCCGGCUCGCGCAGUGGCGGCAGGUUCAGAAGCGGGAGUCUGCCUGGGAUGGGUACAACUGGGCUGGGGAUUUUGGAGGAUUGA